GCUCGGCCGAGGCAGUUGCUUUCUCGGAGGACUACGCGGAGGGGCCGAGUGGCUGAGCCCAGCGCUGCGCAGUCGAACGCUGACUGGGGCACGAGCAGGCGACGCCAGGCUUGCAGCGCCGAGCGAAAACCAGACUCAUCAGAGCAUCUCCUAGGACUUGUAUUCUGAGAAACCGCUCCAGAAAAGGCUGCUCUGGUCCUGUCAUUUGACAGGGAGCUCCAGGGCCGGCAGGAUGGGGUCAGCCUGCAUCAAAGUCACAAAAUACUUUCUCUUCCUCUUCAACUUGCUCUUCUUUAUCCUGGGCGGAGUGAUCCUGGGCUUUGGGGUGUGGAUCCUGGCUGACAAGAGCAGUUUCAUCUUCGUCCUGCAGAACUCCUCCAGCUUGUUCAAUGUGGGGGCCUACAUCUUCAUCAGCGUGGGGGCUGUCACCAUGCUCAUGGGUUUCCUGGGCUGCAUCGGCGCCGUGAACGAGGUCCGCUGCCUGCUGGGGCUGUACUUUGUCUUCCUCCUCCUGAUCCUCAUCGCCCAGGUGGCUGCUGGUGUCCUCUUCUAUUUCAACACGGACAAGGUGAAGCAGGAGAUGGGCAGCAUUGUGACCAGGCUCAUCCGGGACUACAAGGAUGGUGAGGAGGACAGACUGCAGCAGGGCUGGGACUACGUGCAGGCUCAGGGCAAGUGCUGCGGCUGGGCCAGCCCCAACAACUGGACAGAAAACGCCGAGCUCAUGAAUCGCACCACCGUCACCUACCCCUGCUCCUGCGAGAUCGAGGACAGAGACGACAGCAGCCGCCUCGUGAGGAAGGGCUUCUGUGAGGGCAACACGACCCAGAGUGGCAACGACCCCGAAGACUGGCCUGUGUAUAAGGAGGGCUGCAUGCAGAAGGUGGAGGCGUGGCUGCAGGACAACCUGGGCAUCAUCCUAGGCGUGUGUGUGGGCAUCGCUGUCAUUGAGCUCCUGGGGAUGCUCCUGUCCAUCUGCUUGUGCCGGCACAUCCAUUCCGAAGACUACAGCAAGGUCCCCAAGUACUGAGGCAGCCGCUGUCCCCACCUCCCUGCCUGUCCCCCAACCUCAGGGCUCCUCGGAGUCUCCCUGGCUCCCUGCCUCCAGGCCUGCCUUCCAACUACUGCCAAGGCCCCUUGCCCACCCUGUGCUGGCUGGAAACGAGGGGACUUCUGGGGCCCAGACCCCUCUCCCUGCCUUUCAGCCUCCAGCCUUGAGCCCAGCUGUUCUGCGGCUCCUCCGCUCACUGCCCACCAGGGUUCUCUGGGCAGCUCAGAGAAACACCCCCUGCAGCAUCUCUGCACAGGUGCGCCGGGUUUCUACCUGCCUUUGGGGAUGUAUAUAUUGUAUGGGGGGAAGUGUAUUAAAAAUUGGGGGGGAUGUAGAUAAGGCACCCUGGGCUGUCAGGGGGCUGCCCAUUGCGUGGGUCAACUUUUUUUCACUAUGAUGCUUAGACCUUUGGCUUUCACAUUUUCAUGAAAUGUUGUGGGAGAGGUUGGGCUUUACCUGAUGUUAGGGGCGGCACCCCUUCCCCAGGCCUGACCCAGCCCCACUCAGGCAGCUCAGAUCUGCCUGGGCCACAUCCUGGGAGCAAGACCUUGGAUGAGCUCGGCCGAAAGGGGCCUGGCCUGGCCCUGGGCGGGUUAGGGAAGCAAAAUGUUGCAUGCCCACGGUGUGGCUCACAGCAGGCCCUGAGCUGUUCAGGGAAGGGGGAAGGAUGUUUCCCCUUGUCCUCUGCCUCCCGGGGAGUGGGUGGGUGAGGCUGUGCUUUGUAGGGGAGUGGGAAGGGCCUGCACGCACAGUUCUGUAAAACAUACUCAAGAUUUGAAGACCAUUAAAGAGGAUUUGUAACAACCCAGCCUGACUUGGGGGUGCUGCUCCUCAAGCGGCGGGAGAAGGACCAGAGGGGCGAGAGAGGGUGAGUGGAACGGCUGGGUCUGCAGGGAAGUGGCGGGCAGCUCAGGGCUGUCCCCAGGGCAGGGGCCCUUUCUUGACGUCCCUGGCCCACUUUUCAGCCUGGUGCCUGAGGAGUGUGUGACACCCCGUUCUGGCCUGUCUCCCUGGCUGCCGACGUAGCUGGGGUUUGAUUUGUAUAUUGAAACAAGUAUAGAUUGUACCUCUAGGCUCCUGCCUCUGAGAACCAGGUGCAGGUGCACAACGAAGCCGCCGGAUAAGACUGGAUUCUUUCUACAGGACCUGUUUUUGACAAAGGAAAGGAACAUUUUCAUAUUAAAGAAAUGUGAUGACCCCUGGCUGGUGUGGCUCAGUGGACUGGCCUGCGAACCAAAGGGUGGCUGGUUUGAUUCCCAGCCAGGGCACAUGCCUGGGUUGCGGACCAGGUCCCCAGUAGGGGGCGCGCAAGAGGCAACCACACAUUGAUGUUUCUCUUUCUCCCUCCCUUCUCUCUAAAAAUAAAUAAAGUCUUUAAAAAGAAAGAAAGAAA